AUGGCAGCCAAAAACUCUUCUGUGACAGAGUUUAUCCUCGAAGGCUUAACCCACCAGCCGGGACUGCGGAUCCCCCUCUUCUUCCUGUUUCUGGGUUUCUACAUGGUCACCGUGGUGGGGAACCUGGGCUUGAUAACCCUGAUUGGGCUGAACUGUCACCUGCACACUCCCAUGUACUUCUUCCUUUUUAACCUCUCUUUAACAGAUUUCUGUUUCUCCAGUACCAUCACUCCCAAAAUGCUGAUGAGUUUUGUCUCAAGGAAGAACAUCAUUUCCUUCACAGGGUGUAUGACUCAGCUCUUUUUCUUCUGCUUCUUUGUCAUCUCUGAGUCCUUCGUCUUGUCAGCGAUGGCGUAGGACCGCUAUGUGGCCAUCUGUAACCCACUGUUGUACACAGUCACCAUGUCUUGCCAGGUGUGUUUGCUCCUUUUGUUGGGUGCCUAUGGGAUGGGGUUUGCUGGGGCCAUGGCCCACACAGGAAGCAUAAUGAACCUGACCUUCUGUGCUGACAACCUUGUCAAUCAUUUCAUGUGUGACAUCCUUCCUCUCCUUGAGCUCUCCUGCAACAGCUCUUACAUGAAUGAGCUGGUGGUCUUUAUUGUGGUGGCUGUUGACGUUGGAAUGCCCAUUGUCACUGUCUUUAUUUCUUAUGCCCUCAUCCUCUCCAGCAUUCUACACAACAGUUCUACAGAAGGCAGGUCCAAAGCCUUUAGUACUUGCAGUUCCCACAUAAUUGUAGUUUCUCUUUUCUUUGGUUCUGGUGCUUUCAUGUAUCUCAAACCCCUUUCCAUCCUGCCCCUCGAGCAAGGGAAAGUGUCCUCCCUGUUCUAUACCAUAAUAGUCCCCAUGUUAAACCCAUUAAUCUAUAGCUUGAGGAACAAGGAUGUCAAAGUUGCCCUGAGGAGAACUUUGGGCAGAAAAAUCUUUUCUUAA